GAUAAAGCGGCGUUGUCCCCGCGCGCCGCCCGCAGCCUCGCCGCGCUCCGUCCGCGCCCGCUCGGCCCCCGCCCCCGCGCCCCGCCGGCCGGCCCGGCCGAGGAGCAGCCGCCGCCGCCGGCCGCGGACACUCGCAGAUGAGAGGGCCGCCCGCCGAGUAGCUCGUGCGGCCCUGCCUGGCUGGAGGAGGGACGUGGCUGUGUCCAUGCCUGCACGACUCGGAUAACAGACCCACCAGUCACUCGAUGGGGAGCAACCGUGGACCCCCUCUUGGUGUCACCUUCCCGCCUCUGUGUAGCCAGAGCCGCUGCUUCCGCACCUGCUCAGUAGUAAUGAUGAAACUGGUAUUAACUGAAUGGCACUCAUGGAUUUUUAACUCUGACGCUCAGUAACCAGCACCACAUGCUCACAGCCCAACCAGAACCGCCUCGUUCUGCCGUGCUAGAGGUGUGGGCCUCGUGCCGGGCCCGUGCGUGCGAGAGGCGGGAGCGCCGAGGCCGAGGAGCGUCGUGUGCCGGGGCGGCCGGUGAUGAGAAUGGCCCCGCAGAAUGCCGACUCCGAGUCCAUGCACGUGCAUGAGCUGCCCGUGGGCCUGCCCGUGCACAAGGCUGCGGGCGCCGAGGCCCGCGAGGACGCGGCCAGCGAGGGCUCCAUCGACCGUAUCCCCGUGCGGCUCUGGGUGAUGCACGGCGCCGUGAUGUUUGGCCGGGAGUUCUGCUACGCCAUGGAGACGGCCCUGGUCACGCCCAUCCUGCUGCAGAUCGGCCUCCCGGAGCAGUACUACAGCCUGACGUGGUUCCUGAGCCCCAUUCUCGGCCUCAUCUUCACGCCGCUCAUCGGUUCCGCCAGUGACCGCUGCACGCUGCGCUGGGGCCGCCGGCGGCCCUUCAUCCUCGCUCUGUGUGUGGGCGUGCUGUUUGGCGUCGCGCUUUUCCUGAACGGUUCUGCCAUCGGCCUGGCCCUCGGUGAUGCCCCCAACCAGCAGCCCAUCGGCAUCGUCCUCACUGUGCUGGGGGUGGUGGUCAUGGACUUCAACGCCGAUGCCACUGAGGGGCCCAUCCGCGCAUACCUGCUGGACGUGGUGGACAGUGAGGAGCAGGACAUGGCGCUGAACAUCCACGCCUUCUCGGCCGGCCUCGGGGGGGCCAUUGGCUACGUGCUGGGCGGCCUGGACUGGACGCAGACCUUCCUUGGCGCCUGGUUCCGGACGCAGAACCAGGUGUUGUUCUUCUUCGCGGCCAUCGUGUUCUCUGUGUCGGUGACCCUGCACCUGUUCAGCAUCGAAGAGGAGCAGUACAGCCCCCCGCAGGAGCGCCGAGCCGAGCCCGAAGGCCCGGCUACCCCGCGCCUGCCCGCGCCCUUCCCUGAUGAGGUGCAGUCAGAGCACGAGCUGGGCCUGGACUUCUCGGACACCGACCUGGUGCGCAGCAAGAGCGACUCGGUGCUACACGUGCCGGACGCGGCGCUGGCCCUGGAGCCCGAGCCGCUCUUCCUGCACGGCAUCGAGCCGUCCAUCUUCCAUGACGCCUCCCGCCCCGGCACACCCCGUAGCACCAGCCGGGAGCUGGCCCUGGCCCGGCCGCCCCGCCGGCGACCCCCUCCCGGGGACAGCGCCACAGAGGACGAGACGCUGCUGGAGGGCCACCCGGAUGACGCCAAGGUGCCCAAUGGGGGCGGCACCCCGGCCUGGGACGGCCUAGGGGACUAUGCGCGCAUCGACGCCAAGCCCACGGCUGCACCAGGCUCCAUGCGGCGGCGCCGGCACGCCUUCCGCCGCCAGGCGUCCAGCACCUUCUCCUACUACGGCAAGCUCGGCUCACACCGCUACCGCUUCCGGCGGGCCAACGCCGUGGUGCUCAUCAAGCCGUCUCGCAGCAUGAGCGACCUCUACGACCUGCAGAAGCGCCAGCGCCAGCGCUGCCGCCGCCGGCACCAGAGUGGCGCCACCACAUCCAGUGGCGACACGGAGAGCGAGGAGGGCGAGGGCGAGACGACGGUGCGGCUGCUGUGGCUGUCCAUGCUGAAGAUGCCACGCGAGCUGACGCGCCUGUGCCUCUGCCACCUGCUCACCUGGUUCUCCGUCAUCGCCGAGGCCGUGUUCUACACCGACUUCAUGGGCCAGGUCAUCUUCGAGGGGGACCCCAAGGCACCCUCCAACUCCACUGCUUGGCAAGCCUACAAUGACGGGGUCAAGAUGGGCUGCUGGGGCCUGGUCAUCUAUGCGGCCACCGGAGCCAUCUGCUCGGCGCUGCUGCAGAAGUACCUGGACAACUACGAGCUGAGCAUCCGCGUCAUCUACGUGCUGGGCACCCUGGGCUUCUCCAUCGGCACAGCCGUCAUGGCCAUGUUCGCCAACGUCUACGUGGCCAUGGUCAUGAUCAGCACCAUGGGCAUUGUGUCCAUGAGCAUCUCCUACUGCCCCUACGCCCUGCUGGGACAGUACCACGACAUCAAGGAGUACGUGCACCACAGCCCUGGGAACUCCAAGCGUGGCUUCGGCAUUGACUGCGCCAUCCUCUCCUGCCAAGUCUACAUCUCGCAGAUCCUCGUAGCCUCGGCCCUUGGAGGCGUGGUGGACGCCGUGGGGACCGUGCGUGUCAUCCCCUUGGUGGCCUCCGUGGGCUCCUUCCUGGGCUUCCUCACAGCCACGUUCCUUGUGAUUUACCCCGACACGUCGGAAGAGACCAAGGACGAGCAGAAGGGCCUCUCUGGCCUAGCGGGGGGCGACAGCAGUGGCGAGAAGCCCAUGGUGCUGCGGCUGGCCGGCAAGGAGGGCGCAGCCCGGGCAGGGCUGGUGGAGACGGAGUCCAUGGUGUGAGCGCCAGGGGUUCGCAGGCGAGGGGCGCAAAGCAGGAGCUGCACAGGGAGAGGCGGGGCAGGGGGCGCGCGCAGGCCUCCCCGCCUGUCUCCCGGCGCCCCCCCCUCCAGCAGUAGGCAGAAGAACCACACUAAUUACUUUUUCUGCAAUUAAUCAAUUUGAAUUUUUUUUUUUUUGAGAAAGAUCUUUUCACUUCAGGCCUCUUAUUGGCGGGUCUCCUUCUGCAUGUUUUUCCGUUGUGAGCCAGGUCUGCAGGGCGGCCGUGGGGCAGAGCCCGAGUCUGCCCUCUUGUAAGCCCGCCCCCCCGCAUGAGCCUCAGGGCCCUUCCCGGGCCGUUGCCCGCCGCGCGUGACUAGCGCCCACACUUUUUGGGGUGCUGUCUGCAGAGACUAGUUUUCUUGACCUUUCGACAGAUUUUCUUCUGGAGCCUGGCAGCUCCUGUUUUAGGCACGCGUGAGAUUGGCCGUGUGCCUUGCACCAAAGCUGGGGAGCAGUGCCCCUGGGUCUCGGGGAGCAGGCAGCUUUGGGGACUGGCUGAGACCCCCGUGAGUGUCGGGUCGGGCUACCUGCCCUCAGCCCUAGGCUCACCAACAGCUGAUUCUGUUUUUGCACUUUGAGCCUCUUCCACCGCCUCUGGGGGCCUCAGGAGAGCAGCGCCCCCGUCCCUGUCCCCAUCCUGCCACCAGGCCUACCUCGGAGCCCCCGCUGGCACCCCCUGGAUGCAUCUGACCUCUCGCCUGCCUACCAUUGGACACUGGAGCAAAGGCGGGGACGGCGGGGGGCGCAGGGAGCUGCUGCCCCCACGCCAUGCACUGUCCCGCUGCCCAGUGCCCGCUCCCAGGCCCCCCUUUCUCCGCUGGGCCCCCAUCACGGAGAGCCCGAGGGUCCCGCCCGCUGCAGGGUCGGCGCCCUCAGAGUGAGCUGGGAGGGCGGAGAAUCAUGCUGCAGUGUGACCGUCCGAGCAAAUGUACAGACACAAAUAUAUAUUUCAGGAUGAAACCAACCAUUUUUAAAUAAAUUACUUGAAUUUUCUGUGUA